GUUCCAUGCUUUUAAUUCAUGUAAAUUUCGUAAUUCUAAAUGCUUUAAAUGUGAUGAUAUUGGAUAUAUUCAGUCAGUCUGCAAUACUAAUGUUCAUGUUAUUGCAACUAAUAUUAAGUCUUGUAAUUCUGAUUCUACUGAGUCGAGUAUUUAUAAUGAUGAUUUAUCUUUAUCAACUAUUGCAAUAGACAGUGAAGAGUCAAAAAGCAGUUCAGAGUUAAAUGAAAUCCAGAAUUCUUGUGAGACAACAGUUCCUAAUCAACCGAUUUAUCAGAAUUCUCAUGCUAUUGUACCAGGUAUGACUUUUCCUAAUGAUUCACAUAUUUCUGAUGAAAUUUCUUACAAAUCUGAGGAAAAUAUGUUAAAUGAACCUAUUCAUUAUCAAAAACCUGAGGCAGUCAUGAUAGAUGCUAAUUUUUCUAAUGAUC